GGUCAUUGAAACGUAAAUUUCUGUACUCUAUUCUUUAAGAUUUUAUUGUAUUAAUUUUAAAAAUAACUUGAGCUGCCAGAUCGCCGGACAUUCGCCCGGCCAGUGUGUGCCCACCCGCGGAGACUCCGCUUUUGGCAUUGGCCAGUUUGCCAAAUACGGUAUCACUGCGUUAAAAUAUUUUAUUAAAUUUUUAACAAAGUAGGCGCCAAUUGUUCGCUUUUUAGCCCAUUCCGCCGAAACUUUCGGCCGAGCGCAGCAAUCGAAGGUGAUUUCGGGCCAGCUGCCGUACGGGAGUCAGGAGCCCGUGUGCGAUUGGCCACCAGUUGUUGCCCACCAAGCAUCUCCAGGCUAUUUCGGUUGUCGCGCGCCCCACUUGGAUUUAUGAAUAUUACUCCUAUUCGCUCCGAUCUCUGUGCACCAGGAUGUCGACGGAAAACUCGGCUGCCGAUGUGGCCGGCCUCACCUCCAGACUGGCGGAUCUCCUGUCGGACUUGUGCCUGACCAUAGAGGGCAAGCAGCCGCCGCAAGUUCAAGACGAAACCCUGGCCCGUGUGGCCAGGUGCCUAAAGUCCAAUGCUGGUGCUCCCUUCAAUUCGAUAUCGCUGUCUGAACAAGAAUGCCUGCAAAAGACCAUGAAAAUCCUGAAGGCCCGGGGCGAAGUGGAUGGCAUGGAUACGGCGGAGCAUUUCUACGAGCUCUACAGGAAGCUGCUGCAAAUGAAGCUCGAUCCCCAGGUGCGUCACUCGCUGAUGGGCCACCUGCUGUCGAUGGCCGACAAGCAGACUGCGAACGGAGGAGAAGCAGGCCUCUCCGCCCGGUCCGAUAAUCUCAGUCAGGUUCUGGGCAAUCGAACAGCCUCCAGCGCUAGCCUCAACUCAGGGGCCAGCAGCCACAAUGGCAACGGAUUGUCCCAGAGAGCAGCAGUUGACGGAGGCGCGGGCGAAAGCUAUAGCUACGAUCCCACCCAAUCCACGCCCGGUUUGGGCACCAAGACCUUGCCCAACUACGUGGACCUGAAGGCACAACAGGAGUUCGAGCUGCAACAGGAGAUAGUGUUGAACGCCAUCUACUCGUUCACCGGCGUUCAGGGUAAGUAUUUGAAGAAGGACGUGGUCUCAGGUCGCUUCAAGCUGGAUCCCAUGCACGCUGAGGCGCUGGCUUUGGGCGAGGCGGGCAUGUUGGUGCGGCUCUCCGAGAUGGGCUACUACUACGAUCGCGUGACCAAGUUUGCGGACGCAUCCACCGGCUUUAAUGCUAUGGGCUGCAUGGGCCAGGCCCUGAUGUCCAAGCUUAAGGAGGAGCUGUCCGAGUUCAGUGGCCAGGUGUCCCUUCUGCACGACGAAAUGAAUCUGUAUCGCAAGGCGCAAAUGAAUUGGAAUGCGGGCUGCGGCGGCGAGCCGAGUGACGAGCACAAGCUGACGCUCUUCAAGCUGCUCGCCUGGUCCAUAAAGCCACUGCACCGGAUGCAGUGGCUCACCAAAAUCGCCGACGCCUGCCAGAUGAAGAAGGGCGGCGAGUUGGCAUCGACCGUGUACGAUAUGCUCGACAACGGGCACUCGAUGGUCGACAAACUGGUGGUGGAUAUCCUCACCGCGAUCUGUGGCCCGCUGGUGCGCAUGAUCUCCAAGUGGAUGCUGGAGGGCGGAAUUAACGAUCUGCACAGCGAGUUCUUUGUGGAGUCCCUCAACGAUGUGGGUGCCGAUCGGCUGUGGCACGACAAGUUCCGCCUGCGCCUGCCCAUGCUGCCCAAGUUUGUGCCCAUGGAUCUGGCCGAUAAGAUCCUCAAGACGGGCAAGUGCAUCAACUUCCUGAGGGAAAUCUGCGAGGUGCAGGGACUGAUGAAGGGUCGCGACGAGCUCAAGAAGGUCAUGGACACUAAAGUCUCCCAAUUCUUCUCGUACGUGCCGGACACCAGCUGGCACGCGGCCGUGGAAACGUGCUACCAGCAGACCUCCAAACAUGUCCUGGACAUCAUGGUGGGUCCCCACAAGCUGCUGGAUCACCUGCAGGGCAUGCGGCGCUACUUGCUGCUCGGCCAGGGCGACUUUGUCAGCAUUCUCAUCGAGAACAUGAAAGACGAGCUUGAGCGCAACGGCGGCGAUAUAUAUGCCCACGAUCUCUCCUCCAUGCUGGAUGCCGCUCUGCGCUGCACAAAUGCCCAGUACGACGACCCGGACAUACUCAAUCACCUGGAUAUAGUGGUGCAACCGCCGUACACCGGCGACAAGGGCUGGGACAUCAUCUCGCUGAAGUACAUCGUCCAGGGGCCACUGGCCACCAUGCUGGAGCCCACCAUGCCCACGUACAAGCUGCUCUUCAAGCCCCUCUGGCGCAUGAAGCACAUGGAGUUCGUGCUCUCGAUCAAGAUCUGGAAGGAGCAGAUGGGCAAUGCGAAGACUCUUCGCCCUAUGAACGCCGAGAUCGGCAAGGCGUCGCACCGCCUGAACCUCUUCACCUCGGAGAUCAUGCACUUCAUCCACCAGAUGCAGUACUAUGUGCUCUUCGAGGUGAUCGAGUGCAACUGGGUGGAGCUGCAGAAGAAGAUGCAGCAGGCGACGGCCCUCGAUGACAUCCUGGAGGCGCACGAGAAGUUCCUGCAGACCAUCAAGGUGGGCUGCUUUGUCAGCAACGAAACGGACAUGGAGGCCUCGCUGGAGACGGUAUACGAGAACAUAAUCUGCUUGGAGAGCUGGCAAUCGAACUUCUACAGGGAAUGCUUCCAGGAGCUGGAGGCCCGCCAGGAGCUGGCCAAAGAGGUGGAGAAGUCGGGGAAGCAGGGCGUCUACGGCCUGACCAGCGAAAUGACCUUGCAGCGCGACCAGGAGAAGAAGAUCUUCGCGCAGAAGAUCGAGACCGCCUGCCAUGGCCUGGAGGUCAUCGCCUCCGCCUACGAGAAGGCCGUGAGCAGCUUCCUAAUGGCCCUCAACUCCAGCAACGAUCCGAAUCUGCAGCUCUUCGGCACGCGGCUGGACUUCAACGAGUACUACAAGAAGCGGGACACCAAUCUGAGCAAGCCGCUGACCUUCGAGCACAUGCGCAUGAGCAAUGUGUUCAGCCUUAACAACAGGAACUCGCCGAGCAGUCGGUUCGUUAUGCAUGCGCCGACCACCAAGGAGUAGCGCCCGGUGUCCUUGGAACACUCAGCAACCCAGUGCCAAUAUCGGAGGCAUCAGGCCACACCAUUACAUCCAGUUUAACUGCGGCUAAAUAAUUGAGAUAUCCACGCCAUAUACCAUUAGGGCUGAGCGAAUGGAGCAGGCUAAUGAAACCAAAAGCAAUCAAGCAAACUAAUCCAACUAUUUACUAAGCUACUGUGCUGCUUUCAAGCGAAAAGCAAACGAACCUGCACUUAUACACACGUAUAUCUCAAGCAUUUCCGUCAAUCGGCUGGCUGCAAGCCAUUAACCUAAGAUAUCUCGAAUCUUAAACACUCAUUUUUGAAGUUUUGAAGUUUUUUGAGUAGUUGUAAUCGAAAGUAUUAAACGGAGAUUCGUUGGUCGAAGGGCGCACAUUGUUUUCCUUUACGUGCCCUCAUUGUAUACAUCGAAGCUUAGUUAAAACCCCUAACAUCCCAAGUGCGUUUGUCAAUUGCCCUCCCUCCCAGUGGUAAUUCUAAAGUAAGCGUAAGCAGGUGUUGCGUAUUUUAAAGCGAAAAGUUAGAGAACAUUUUAAAAUGUUGAUGUUUUGAACAGUUUAAAACCGUAAGGCGAGCUCGAAAUAAACGCUUGGCAUUGAA